UUUGUAGUUUAAUAAAUACGUAACGUUCCCAACAUUUUAUAUAUGUAUUCAUUGGCGUAGCGUAUUGUGGUAUAGGACAUGUCAAAAAUUUGUGAUGGCGACGAUGUUAAAGGAUCAGAAUCAAGUGACGUUUGAAGAUAAAUGGCCAUGUAUGCGACCAAUUAUUUUGAAACUAAUCAAACAAGAACCUGUAACUCAAACAGAGUGGCAAGAUUUGUUUUAUUCUAUUCAUUUAGUAUGUGUAUGGGAUGAAAAGGGUCCUCCUAAGUUAAGAGAUGCGUUAAAAGAGAAUAUAAUGGAUUUUAUAAAACAAGCUCAACAGAGAGUCUUGGCCCAUCAAGAGGAACAAGCUUUGUUAAAAGCAUAUAUAGCAGAAUGGAGAAAGUUUUUUGCUCAGUGUAAUUAUUUACCAACACCGUUUAGACAAUUAGAAACAUCUCUUGCUGGAAAAACAACUUCCAGUGUUCAGAAAAAAAAUCAGCCUGAUGACAUUGUCAGAAAAUUAAUGUUAGAUAGUUGGAAUCAAAGUAUAUUUGGGGAAAUAAAGCAAAGACUUCAAGAUUCGGCUAUGAGACUUGUUCGUGCUGAAAGAAAUGGAGAAGCAUUUGAUUCACAGCUUGUUAUAGGUGUUAGAGAAUCUUAUGUAAAUUUAUGUUCAAACACAACGGAUAAGCUUCAAAUCUACAGAGAUAAUUUUGAAGCAGCAUACAUAGAAGCAACGGAAGCAUUCUAUUGGGUUAAAGCACCUGAACAAUUAUCGUUACAUGGGGUAGAAAAUUAUAUGCGUUAUGCAGAUGCAAAACUAAGGGAAGAAGAGCUUCGUGCUCAAAAAUAUUUAGAACCAAACAGUGCUAGUGUACAGCUUUUAACUGAGUGUUGUGUACGUGUAUUAGUGGCAACUUUUAAACCAGCUAUAUUAGCAGAAUGUCCAAGAAUGAUUCAACAUUGUCAAACUGACAAACUUAGGCUAAUGCUGAAACUAAUGGAUAGAGUACCCGAAGGGGUUGGUCCAAUGUUAAGAAAUUUAGAAGAACACAUAGCAAGUGCAGGUUUAGCAGACAUGAUGUCAGUUGUAGAUGUCAUCACCCAAGAUUCGGAAAAAUAUGUUGAAAGAUUAUUAGACCUUUUUCGUCGAUUUUCCAUUCUUGUUAAAGAAGCAUUUGACGAUGAUCCUCGAUUCUUAACCGCUCGAGAUAAAGCCUACAAAUUAGUUGUAAAUGAUGCAACGGUAUUUAGGCUAGAAUUACCUGCUCGUCAAAGUGCCGGUAUUGGUACAACGAUUUUGAAUAACAAACCUAAUAACAAUAAUAAUGGUCAACCAGAAUCAAAAUGUCCAGAACUUCUUGCUAACUACUGUGAUAUGUUACUUAGGAAAACACCUCUCAGUAAAAAAUUAACUUCGGAUGAAAUUGAAAGUAAAUUAAAAGAUGUAUUAUUAGUAUUAAAAUACGUUCAAAAUAAGGAUGUAUUUAUGCGCUAUCAUAAAGCUCAUUUAACAAGGCGCUUAAUAUUAGAUACAUCUGCGGAUUCUGAAAAGGAAGAGAAUAUGGUAGAAUGGCUUCGUGAAGUUGGAAUGCCUGCUGAUUAUGUUAAUAAAUUAGCUCGAAUGUUUCAAGAUAUUAAGGUAUCGCAAGAUCUCAAUCAACAAUUUAAAGAACAGUGUAGAGCUGCUAUUGCAGAUAGCAUAAAUAUUAAGAUAUUAAAUGCAGGCGCAUGGGCUAGAGGCAGUGAACGUGUUACUGUAAGUUUACCACUACAAUUAGAAGAUUAUAUUCCUGAAGUAGAAGAAUUUUAUAGAAAAAAACACAGCGGAAGAAAAUUACAGUGGUAUCAUCACAUGUCAAAUGGCACGAUAACAUUUUCCAACCAAGUGGGACGCUUCGAUGUGGACGUAACAACUUUUCAAAUGGCAGUUUUAUUUGCUUGGAAUCAACGUCCGUUUGAGAGGAUAUCAUACGAAAAUUUACGCUUGGCUACUGAACUUCCUGAUCCUGAGCUAAGACGAACAUUAUGGUCCUUGUGUGCCUUUCCGAAACUCAAACGUCAACUUCUUUUAGUAGAACCUCAUGCACACAGUCCAAAAGAUUUUGCAAACGAUACAAGGUUUUGGGUAAACCAAGAAUUUGCUAUUAUAAAAAAUGGAAAAUUACAGAAACGGGGUAAAAUUAAUUUAAUAGGUCGAUUGCAAUUGUCAACUGAGCGAAGUAAAGAAGAAGAUAACCAAUCUAUUGUACAACUUAGAAUAUUAAGGGUUCAGGAAGCAAUUAUCAAGAUAUUAAAAAUGCGCAAGAAGAUUAACAAUGCUCAGUUACAAACUGAAUUAAUUGAUAUAUUAAAGAAUAUGUUUCUACCAAGUAAAAAGAUGAUAAAGGAACAAAUCGAAUGGCUCAUCGAGCAUAAAUACAUACGCAGACACGACGAUGAUAUUAAUACAUUUGUGUAUAUGGCAUAAGUCAAGAUUAUACAUACAUAUACUGUUCAAAUUCUUAUAAUUAAUAUUAUAUUUUUAUAAAAAUUCAGUUCUUGUUUAUGAAAGUGUAUGCUCAAAGAUCCUAAUAUAAUUGAAAAAUAUUAAUGUUGUUUGCAACAUGUUCGUGUUCAUGUUUGCAACAUGAACAACAUUUAACUAAAAAAAAUUAAUACUGACAUACAGAGUCAUAUCGUUUAUAAAUUUACGAUUAAAUAUAGUACAGUCACUGAUUAGGAUAUUAUGCAUUGUUAAGUAAACAUAUAACUGUAAUAUUUCAGUGCAUUCAACGACAAAAUUUAUUAUAAACUUUUUUAUAAGAAACUGCAAGACCUACGGAGAAACGUACACAUUUUUAAACCUUUUGCGUGGAUAUAUUUCGACAUCAAUAAUUUACACUUUCAGAAGAUUGUACUACUUCCUUUAUAAGUAACUUAAUUUCGUUAAUAACAAAUAGAUUAAUGUUUUUCUGAAACUUCUGUGAUUUUAAGAUAAUUCAAUAGUUUUAUCCAAUUAAAAUAAUUAACACAGAAAACUAUAUCAAAUGUUCAAAAAAGUUAUAAAAGCUCUAAAAAGUUUGGCAUGAGUUUAGAUCAAAAUUUUCGCAAAUCUUAUAUUUGUUGAAUAAUUACAUACAUACAUGUACAUAUGUACUGUAUGUAUGUAUAUUACAUAAUUGAUGUAUCCAACAUAAACGGUGUAAACGCGUGAGUAUGUUCAUUUCUUGUAUAUGUACAUAUUUUUCAAGUGUAGCUAAUUUUUAUUAACUUUGGAUUGCAGAAAAUUUACAAGCUAUUGUUCUUUUUGCACUGUGUUUUAUAUUAAUUAUAUCACAACUCUUAAAUUUAAAUAAAUGUAUAUUUUUAAUUGCAAAGAUUAGAAUUUGAGGAAAAUGCAAUGGGAGGAUUAUAUCAAAUGGCCUAUAACAUGUAAAUGUACCAUUAAAAAAAAACCAUAUUCAUUUUAUUAAAUUAAAAAAACAAUGUAUAAUCUCUGUACUGAAAAGGUUUCAUACAAUUAUGUAUGUCAUGAAUCAUAAACUCGUGACUUAAUACUAUUAUUACCGUCUGUGUGUAUAAAGCUUUUAUAUUAUUUCAGUAAGCUAAUAAUAAGUGUAAAAGCGAACAAUUUCAGAAUUAAAAGGACAAUUUUUUAUAAUU